AUGACCCGUGAGGCCGGUGAUGGGGAGCCGCGCCCCAAGCGUUGUGCGCCGGGCCGGGAUGCUCCCCCGCGUCCCUCGCCUGAUGGCUCGCUGCGGGAGGCUGAGCUCUGGGAGGCAAUGCUCCGCAGCAAGGAUCCGGCGGCGGCCGACGGUGCUGACUGGCGGUCCUCCCGUCCCCAGGAGCGCUCCCUGGAGACUUGGCGUGGCCGCGGCUGGGACCGGGACCGCCGAACCCCUCCACGCCGCUCCCGCUCUCCUCCCCGCCCCGGGCGGUCGGAGGCCUCCCCACCCAGGCGCUACAACCCGCCACGCUGCCAAGCCCAGUCCCUCCCCCCCCCCCCCCCGCCGGCCCCAACAACAACAACAGAAAUGGCCGGGGGGCUUUUUCCAAGAAGAAGAAGCGGGGAGCUCAGUAGCAGCAAGGUGGUCUGGCUUCCUCGGUCACUCGGCCGCUCCCCGUCGGCUGCGACAAUGGCCACGUGCUUCAACUGUGGGGUGGCCGGGCAUUGCCAGGUGGAUUGCACCGAGCCCCCCGGUUGCUUCCUCUGA